UGCGCGUGCGUGUCUGUGCUCGCGCGCUCGCUCGCGCGCGUGCGCGCGCGUGGCGGCGACGGACAUGCGCGGAGCUGCAGCGAACAUGGCGGCCGCCUGCAUCUGACACAAACUGAGAGCUCGCCAUCCAAAACAGGCGCCUGCGACGCUCGGGAGGAGCUUGUCUGACUUUCUCUGCUGCUGUGGGAUAACAUCUUGGUCGUCAUGGGCCGAACGCCACACAAAGACCAGAAAGAGGAGAAGAAGGAGAGGCCGAGCAUUGGCGCAGGCUCUGCACUCGACAAAUCUAACGAGCCAUUCAGUUGGGAAGACUACCUGAGAGAAACUUCGUCCAUUGCAGCCUCACCUACUUGCUUCAAACAGUCCAGAAUCCCCCCCUCGAAUGACUUCAAGGCAGGCAUGAAGGUGGAGGCUCGCGACCCGCGCAACGCCAACUCUGUGUGCAUCGCCACGGUGAUGGGCAUGAUGGGUACUCGACUACGCCUGCGCCUGGAUGGGAGUGACAACACCAACGACUUCUGGAGACUGGUCGACUCGUCGGACAUACAACCGAUAGGGACCUGCGAGAGGAAUGGCGACAUGCUGCAGCCCCCACUGGGUUUUAGAAUGAACGCCUCCUCGUGGCCUAUGUUCCUCCUCCGAACACUGAGUGGAGCAGAGAUGGCACCAGCGUGUGCUUUUAAGAAGGAACCUGCUAGCCCCAUUAAAAACUAUUUCAAGCCAGGUAUGAAGCUGGAAGCCGUGGACAGGAAAAACCCUUACUUGAUUUGUCCGGCCACAGUGGGUGAGGUCAAAGGUCAGGAGAUCUUCGUCAUGUUCGAUGGCUGGCGAGGUGCCUUUGACUACUGGUGCCCCUUCGACUCCAGAGACAUCUUCCCUGUCGGCUGGUGUGUGUUGACGAAACACAGUUUACAACCCCCUGGAAACUUCUUCACUCUUCCAGGUGCUCUCCUCGCCCCCGUUUCGUCCUCCUCAGCCUCCCUCACAACGCGCCGCUCCACCUCCAACUCCUCCUCAUCCACGAUGCAGACGUCUUACCGACUGCCCAACCCAUUGCCGCCCCUGCCUGUUCGCAAGGGUGUCCGAGGUCGGCGUCCUAAGUCGCAGACUAUUGCUUUGUUGAAGGCCGCAGCUGAGGCUGCGGCGGCCGCAGCGGUCAAUGGCGCGUCGCAGAGCCCUGUCAGGACCACUCAACUGGCCCCGAGACCACACAGGAAGCGAGGGCCCAAGCCUGGGAGCAAGAGGAAGCCCCGCGUGGUGCAGUCACUGGGCUCAUCAUCCAUUCCAGCUUCUCCUCCAGAGACCAGAUUGAGCACCAGCCACGUCUCAGUAGACAACCACCAUAACAACAACUCGAACGUAGUCUGCACAGUGUGCGUUUAUGUGAACAAGCAUGGCGACUACGGCCCCCAUCUUGAUCGCAAACUGGUGCAGCAGCUCCCAGACCACUUUGGGCCAGCUCCGGUCAACGCGGUGCUACAGCAGGCCGUCCAGGCCUGUGUGGACUGCACAUACCAGCCCUCGGUGCUGCUGUCGUUCCUACAGAGCCAGUCCCACACAGGAGGAGAGGUCAUCCGAGUGCGCUCCGAGCACGGUAUCCGUUAUGUCAAGCUCCCCUCCGUCUCCAGUGCGUCCACUGUGCUGAGGUUCUUGGAGAACAUGUGUCAGCAUCUGGAGAGUGUCAGCUUGUUCAGCUCGCAGCCUUUCAGCCCCUUCACCAAAAACGCACGCUUCUUUGACAGGACAAAGUCAGAACCGCUGUCUCACACGGAAAAGAGCCUGUCUAACAAUGAUUCCACAAAGGAUUCCGCUCCCAACGCGCGGCCUCACAUAGCGGCGGAGUAUCGGGCAACAAAGAGGGAACGGCCGUAUUUCGCCUCGCACUCGCACACGCCUCCACCUCUGCAAAGAGUCAGCUCCAACCCAAGUGAACUCGGACAAGCGCCCACACACAGACGCGUGGAGGCAGCUAGUUCAACCACAGGCCCAGACCACGUGACACAAGACAAGGACAGUUCAGGGAACGAUGCGUCUUCCUGGUCAGUUGAUGACGUGAUCCGGUUUGUCCAGAAGGCGGACCCGCACACUCUUGGACCACAUGUGGAGCUCUUUCGGAAGCAUGAGAUUGAUGGCAAAGCCUUGAUGCUACUGCGUAGCGAUGUGAUCAUGAAGUACAUGGGACUGAAGCUGGGCCCCGCGCUCAAACUCUGCCAUCACAUUGAGAAGCUGAAACAGACCAAACAAUAAAAAGGCCCGACGCGUUCUCCACUCACUGGCAAACACAAACACAAGUACGUGGUUGCUCUUGUGCAGUGAUGAAGCACUGACAGAAGCCACCAUAACAUCUGUCUUUGCACUCUUUUAUGUACUGUACAUACUGUAUGUACAUUUUGGGAGUUUUAGCAGUUCGCAGGCUAUUGCCAAACGACAGUUUAUACAUUCUUGGUGUGUGUCCCCCGCCCCCAAACUCUCAUGCUGAUGAUGUUUAGGACAAAGAAAUGAACCACUAAUGCGAGGAACCCCAAAUCCGGACAAAUCCGAAACAAGUUACUUUAUCGGCUUGCUUGAUGGAGAGGUUUAACAAAUUUGAAGACUGUCAAAGUGGCCCUCGGAGGAGAAAGUUUGGAUAGCCCUGCACUUACACUGUCAACACUUUGGAUUUUUUUUAGUACGGACUACACAGAUCCAGUUUGAGGAAAUAAAACAGCAGAAAUACAAGUUAUAGAUCAACGUUUUGGUCUUUUGGGGUGGGGGUAUGCGCUCACGACCUCAGCAUUGUUUGCUCUGAUAUCAACUAUUUUUUUAAUGUUACCAAGCAUUUACUUUACAUUAAAGCAGUACGUUUUUGGAUCAUUAGCCUAAAUGUAAUUAGUAUCCAGUACGUGUGCGGAGGCAUGUUUUUGUUAUUAUUCUUUUUGCCUGAGCAUGAACAUCAUCAGGCCAUUAUUUAAUGACAUUAUUUUGAAGAACAUAACCUCAGACAGACACGGUAGCUUUGCUAUUUCAACAUUGUCGCACUGAAAUGAAAACGACACCAAUGUGAUGUUCGCUACCAAUGCGAAACCAUUUGGGACUGAUUCCUUGUUCGGGUGUAAUAAGUCCUCAAAUAAAGCUAGUCGAGUGCGCCAGUCGUGGGCGUGACAAGUGAGAGCAGGGAUUGUCCCAAUUGUCGGCGGUAUUGUUUGGAAUGACUGACAAAUAUUGACUCCCAUCGGUUUGCUGCAGAUCUCCCACUCCAGAAAAUGUGUUACUCGAGCUCUUUGACCGCUAUUGUAUUAUGUUUUGACAGUUGCACACGCUUAAACACCUGUGACGACUAGAACCUUGCAAGUGUUGAUAUCGCAAUAAGAGGCAAGGUCAUUUACUGCCAUUGCUGUACAAAAAAAAGUGUUCCGAAGACAGAAGGCUUGUUCAAAUAUGCCAAACGUUUCUUAAUCAUUUCAUUGUGUAAUAAAGUGCAUCAAGCCUGUGAAUAUUCUCAUUCAUGCAGGUUAUUUUGUCAGGGCAUUGAAUUGAAUCGAUCGCAACUGCACUGCUUUGAAUGUCUAAGGAGACAUUUGGGCUCUCACCCGAGCAGGCGUGAUCAAUUGGUGCAAAUGGGCUACACGGGACAGCUUGAGCCGGAGCGUUGUUCCGGAAACACGUUCCAUAAUUUCGCCUCUAACAAAUAACAAACGGCCACUUUUGGCCUUCGGGUGCAACCGAAUAGAGUAUUAACAUCCUUAGGAAAGCGAAAAUAAACGUACAUUGGACACACCACAGAGAAGGGUGUUAACAGCCUUGCCAAAUUGGAACGAUUCAAGCCAUUGCCAAACAUAUGAGGCUUUCAAAUUGGGAAAAAUCAAGAAUGUGCGUAACCACGCCCCACUGAAAAAGACGAAACAUCCUUUUAGACAACCGGAAUUCAAUGCCCUGUGAAAAGUAAAUCCAGUGUUGUGUUUAAAGUGACAGGAUUUUCUAUUUUCAUUUGUUGCUUGCAAUUUCCUUCCAAACCAAAUCCGAUGUUUGCUCGAAGCCCCACUCCACACUGUUGCUCCCCAUAGUGGUGACAAGUUGAUAGCUGAAGCCAUCUCGCUUCAACGCAAAACUCAGGUUUUCGUAUCAAGUUUUACAAUAGCGUUUGCGUUCAUACACUGCGUUGUAGAGGAGCUAUAAUAUAACCAAGUAUGUAUAUUUGAAAUGCCUUGUCAUCUUGUCGCAACUUUUUACUCUGCUCCCAAAAAUGUUUGUUAUAUGUAUGAUAUGCAUUCAAAUAAUUAAACAUUUUCACUUUA